AUGGAGCUGGCUUGGAAUAUACUAUUUGUUCUUCUGUUCGGUUUUCCCUGCUGGGCAAUGGACUGGGAAUUUACCCGGAAUUUCAUUGCAGCUGCUGGCCCUCUUCCCAGCGAUGUGAUUCAGGAUGUGAAUCAUCCAUUAAGUGAGCAGGGGUCUAACCUUGUCGCACCUGACCUGGACUCUCCCAUCUGCAGUCAGCCAUUGAUUGCCACCUUGCCUGAAUACUUUGGCAGCCUUUAUGCCAGUGGGGUGACCCACUGUAAAGUCCUUCUUCCUUGGGCACAACUUCUCCCAACAGGAAGCUCCUGGGAGCCAGACCAGAGCGCAGUACAAUGCUACAGAAGACGUCUUGAGGUGCUCAGGGCCUCUCAGCUUCAGCCAUUGGUGGUCCUGCACCAUCAAACAUCACCCAAACAAGCCCUAGCCUCCCCAUCGGGGGCCUGGAAAAGUGACCUCUUUGUUGGCCUCUUUGCAGACUAUGCUUUGUUUGCCUUCCACUCCUUUGGGGACCUGGUUGAGAUCUGGUUCACUUUUAGUGACUUGGCAGCAGUGAUGGAGGAUCUUCCCCGCCAGGAGUCAAGGUCUUCUCGUUUUCAGGCCAUUGCCGAUGCCCACAGAAAAGCCUAUAAUGUCUACCAUGAAAAUUUCGCUUCUCAAGGUGGGGAACCGUCCAUUGUGGUAGGAGCUGACGAUACCUCUGAGUACUUAUUGGGCUCCUAGUGGUGUCAUCUUAUCAAGGACUCUACUGAUUUCCUCUCUCUUGAUCUGCUAUGUGAUUGCCAGAACGAGGCAAGUCCACCCCAAGAGAUGAGUAAACUGCAGAAUUUUGAUUUUAUGAAGCUCUUUUUAGGCACAAAGAAAUCUCCUGACAGGCCGUCUGCAUGUGUGAUUGAACAAACUUCUGAUCUUACAGCCAUAAAUAAAGACCAAGUAUUGACCAUUGGGUUUGAUAUCAAUGAAUUCCUACAGUGUUUUUCCAACGACAAGAAAAGCAGGUAUUGUUCCCUACCUGACAAUCUGGCUGGCCAAACCCAGGAAAGGAACCCAGUGGCACCCCUCUCUGUGACACCUGCCUCAGCCUACUGGCAAGUUUGGCAGAUGUUUGCUAACCAGUCUGUGGCAGACAGAGACUCAUUCCUGAAUGAUGUUUUCCCUAGAGGUUUUCUUUGGGGUGCUGCCACAGGAGCCUUUAACGUGGAGGGAGCGUGGGCAGAAGGUGAAAGAGGAGAAAGCAUCUGGGACAGGUUCGGACAUCAGGGCCAUGCCGAGAAUAAAGCAGUCCCUGAUGUGGCCAGUGACAGUUACCACAAGGUUGAGUAUGACGUCGCUCUCCUCCGUGGCCUCCAGCCUCAGGUCUACAAGUUUUCCAUCUCGUGGUCUAGGAUCUUCCCCAUAGGCUACAAGAGCAGCAUCAACCCCCGGGGUGUAGCCUACUAUAACAAGUUGGUUGACAGUUUGCUGGCCUCCUGCAUUGAGCCAAUGGUGACCUUGUUCCACUGGGACCUAUAGCAGGCCCUGCAGGAUCAUGGAGGCUGGCAGAAUGAGAGUGUGGUGGAUGCUUUUGUGGACUAUGCUGCUUUUUGCUUUGCCACCUUUGGGGACCGGGUGAAGCUAUGGGUGACCUUUCAUGAACCUUGGGUGAUAAGCUACGCAGGCUAUGGCACUGGACAGCAUGCCCCGGGCAUCUCUGACCCUCAUUUAAUCGCCUCAUUUAAUUAUGCUGUGGCUCGCUCCAUCCUCAAGGCUCAUGCCAAGGGUUGGCAUCAUUAUGAUCGCCACCAUCAUGGGCAGCAGCAGGGGCAGCUAGGGAUCGUGCUGAACUCCGACUGGGCUAGCCAUUCUCCAGAGGAGGCCGAGGAUGUGAGGGCCGCUGAGCGCUACCUGCACUCCAUGCUGGGCUGGUUUGCCCACCCGCUCUUUAUGGAUGGUGACUACCCUGACACCCUGAAGGAACAAAUCCGGCAGAAAAACAGACAGUGUGGCAGCUUCGUCGCCCAGAUUCUUAGUUUAACUGAGGAAGAGAAGCUUCUCUGGAAAGGUUCCUCUGACUUUCUCGGCCUGUCACAUUAUACCGCCCGCCUGAUUAGGGAUGCCCAGAAUGGCUCCUGUGUCUUGGACUAUGACAACCUCUGGGGCUUCUCCCAGCACAUGGACCCCACCUGGCUCCGGACAUCAUCCCCUUGGCUUCGGGUGGUGCCUUGGGGUCUCAGGAGACUCUUACAGUUUGUGUCCUUGGAAUAUACCAAAGGGAAUGUUCCAAUCUACCUGGCUGCCAAUGGCCUGCCACUGGAAGAAGGCAGGGUCCUUGAUGAUUCCGCAAGAAGUAACUAUUUCAAUCUCUAUAUCAAUGAGGUGCUCAAAGCUAUCAAGUUGAACUCUGUGGAUGUUCGGUCCUACAUUGUUCGUUCCCUCAUUGAUGGCUUUGAAGGCCUAUCAGGUUACAACCAAAGAUCUGGGCUACACUACGUGAAUUUCAAAGAUGGCAGCAGACCUAGAACCCCCAGGAAAUCUGCCUAUUUUUUCUCUAGACUCAUUGAAAAGAAUGGCUUCCUGACUAAAGAGACAGACAGAUCUUCUCGGCCAUUCCUUUAUAGUCCUCCCCCCAAAGUUUCAGUUACUCUGGGACCCUCAGAGGUUCCUUCCAAGGCUAAGAUAGUUUGGGAAAAAUUCUCCAAUGAACCCAAAUUUGAAAGAGAUCUCUUCUACCAGGGAACAUUCCUGGAUGAUUUUAUAUGGGGUGUGUCCUCUUCUACCUAUCAGAUUGAAGGAGGCUGGGAUGCAGAUAGGAAGGGCUCCAGAAUUUGGGAUAACUUCACUCACACACCAGGGAAUAAUGUGAAAAACAAUGACAAUGGAGAUGUAGCUUGUGAUAGCUACAAUAAAUGGGAGGAGGAUCUUAAUAUCCUGAGAGCUUUGAGAGUCAAGGCUUACCACUUCUCUAUCUCCUGGUCUCGAAUUUUCCCAAAGGGGACAAUUGAUUCUGUCAACACAAAUGGAGUUAACUACUACAACCAACUUAUUGAUGGCUUGGUGAAAAGCAAUAUCAUUCCCAUGGUGACAUUGUACCACUGGGACCUACCCCAAGCCUUGCAGGAAAUUGGUGGUUGGGAAAACCCUUCCUUAAUUGAGCUCUUUGAUAACUAUGCAGACUUUUGUUUCCGUGCUUUUGGUGAUCGGGUCCAAUUCUGGAUGACAUUUAAUGAACCUGUAUACCAGGCAUGACUUGGGUAUGGUGAAGGGGUAUUUCCCCCAAAUGUGAAGGAUCCUGGCUAUACACCUUAUAGAAUAGCCCAUACCCUUAUCAAAGCUCAUGCCUGAGUUUACCAUACAUAUGAUGAGAAGUAUAGGCAGAGUCAGAAAGUAGUCAUUUCCCUGAGCCUCAGCACACUCUGGAUGGAACCCAAGUUACCUAACUUGUUAAGAGAUGUUGAGGCAGCUGAUAGGGCUCUGCAGUUUAACUUGGGCUGGUUUGCCCAUCCCAUCUUCAAAAACGGAGACUACCCAGAUGUUAUGAAGUGGAAAGUAGGAAACAGGAGUGAGCUACAAAAUCUGGUCACUUCUCACCUCCCCAGCUUCACAGAGGAAGAAAAGAUGUAUAUUAGAAACACAGCAGAUGUCUUCUGCCUCAACACCUACUCUUCCAGAAUUGUGGCACACAUAACCUCCCAGCUCAACCCUCCUUCUUAUGAAAGUGAUCAGGAGAGAACAGAGGAAGAGGAUACUUCUAUGCCUGCCUCUGCACUCAACACAGUAGUGGCCUGGGGGAUGAGAAGGGUUUUGAAUUGGAUCAGAGAAGAAUAUGGUGACAUUCCCAUUUAUGUCACUGAAAAUGGAGUGGGAUUUGAGACAUCUGAGACUGAAGACACAAAUAGGAUAUUUUUUUACAAAACUCACAUCAACGAAGCUUUGAAAGCCUACAGUCUGGAUGGCGUUAACCUCCGAGGGUAUGUGGCUUGGUCCCUGAUGGAUAAUUUUGAGUGGUUGAAUGGCUACAGUGUCAAGUUUGGACUCUUCCAGGUAGAUUUUAAUGAUACCAACAGAGCCUGGACUGCAAGAGCUUCAGCUAGGUACCACACAGAAGUUAUCAGCGACAAUGGCAUGCCGAUGGAAAAGGAGAAUGAGUUUCUGUGUGGAGAGUUUCCUAAGGGCUUUGUCUGGGGUACAGCCUCAGCUGCCUGUCGGGUAAGAAGGAAGCAGGACAGGAAGGGAGUGGCUUCCAUAGCAGAUAGCAGUUGGCCAGAUUCAUGCUCUUUCUGAUUGAAGAUUACUCCUUUUGGCUUUAGAAGAAUCUUGAACUGGUUAAAGGAAGAGUACAACAACCCUACAAUUUAUAUUACAGAGAAUGGGGUUUCUGAGCGACAAACCUCAAGCCUCAAUGACACCGUAAGAAUCUAUUACCUCCAGACUUAUAUAAUUCAGGCCCUAAAAGCUAUCCAGGAUAACGUGGAUAUACGUGGCUAUACUCUUUAGAGUUUGAUGGACAAUUUCGAAUGGGCCACUGGCUUUUCAGAGAGAUUUGGCAUGUAUUUCACAAACUACAGUGACCCCUCCAUCCCAAGGAUCCCCAAGGAAUCUGCCAAGUUUUAUGCUUCUAUAAUCAGAUGCAAUGGCUUCCCAGACCCAGCCAAUGGGCCACACCCCUGCCUCCAGUCAGAAGAUGUUGUUCCCACCGCUGAAUCUGUGACAGACAAGCAAGUUUGGUUCUUGGGGCUGACGCUAGAUGCCACCAAUGCAGAAACAGCCUUAUACAUACUCUUCUCUCUCUUGAUUAUUCGUGUCUGUGGACUGGCAUUGAUAUUAUAUAAAUAUUUCAAAGUGUCUAAAAAACAUCCAGCAAGUAAAUUUUAAUCUGCUGUAUGCCCUACAAGUUAGAGAAGCUAACUUGUAACUGCUGAGUUUUUGCAUAAUACUGCUUUAUUCAACUCCCUGCUUUUAUAUUGAACUGCCUGUACAAUUUUGAGAAAACAGAACACAA